ACUAUCAUUGUGUGGUCUCUGUUAACAACAAGAUAGAUACUCUAAAAAAAUAUCUUUUUUAAGUAAAAGUCGCCUUUCCUCAACUAAUCAGUACCAAUCCAAGAAUGGUAGCUUCUCUUUCCUUUCAUUCCAUCGCCACCGUCAAUCAUAUCUACUCCGGCGAUGCUGGCCGUUCAAUCUCCCGGCGUAACCACCAAUACAGAGCAACUGGAGUGAGUUGCAGAGGACAGAAUGAGCCACAGACAAGUAAAGGACCCGAGCCGGAGAAUGUUCUACUCAAAAUCGCUUGGUAUGGAUCUGAGCUACUCGGAAUCGCUGCUUCGGUAUUCCGAUCUCCGGAGACUUCUCCUACGAGUGUGACGGGGUUUGAGGUUCCGGUUGAUUGUUCGGGACGAGCCGUUCGUGUAGCUGUAGUGGAUUCGAUUAAACAAGACUUCAAACGAUCGUACUUCGUCACAGGGAACUUGACGCCGGAGGUUUAUGAGGAGAAGUGCGAAUUCGCCGAUCCGGCUGGUUCCUUCAAGGGUCUUUCUCGUUUUAAAAGGAAUUGCACUAAUUUCGGAAGCCUAAUCGAGAAAUCGAAUAUGAAGCUCAUGAAAUGGGAGAAUUUUGAGGAUAAAGGAGUUGGACAUUGGAAGUUUAGCUGUGUCAUGGCAUUUCCAUGGAAACCAAUUCUGUCAGCAACUGGUUACACGGAGUAUUAUUUCGACACAGAAUCCGGGAAAAUUUGCAGGCAUGUGGAGAAUUGGAAUGUCCCUAAGAUUGCUCUGUUCAAGCAACUUCUGAGACCCAGCCGUGGAUUAAUGGGAAACUAGCGGAUGAAGAAUGAUGUUAAUUUCAGAUUAGAUUUCUAAACAGUAAAUAUAUAAAACUUCCUUUUGAAUCUAAUAUCAAUAUGGGAUACUUUACUAUUAGAGAUCUGUACUGAAUCUGUUGAAGAGUUGUUAUGCAUUAGCUCAAAACAUGGGAUCACAGAGUUAUGAAUGUACAUCUGACAUGUAAAGAUUACACAUAAACAUACUAUCAUUGUCUCAUUA